AUGGAGGGCCUCGCCCUCGUCGAACACGCCGCCGCUGACGUCACCAACGAUGACGUCAGCUGGUCGCCGGCGGCGCCCGUCGCGCCGACUAGCGGCGAGUCGGCGAACGUGACGUCGAUCUACGACCACCUGGCCGACAAGCUCGGACCGCAGCGCGACCCGCUGACGGCGAUCCUGCCGAUCAGCACGCUGUACGUGAUCAUCUUCAUCACGGGCGUGCUGGGCAACGUGAGCACGUGCGUCGUCAUCGCGCGCAACCGCUACAUGCACACGGCGACCAACUUCUACCUGUUCUCGCUCGCCGUCUCCGACCUGCUGCUGCUCGUGCUCGGCCUGCCGCAGGAGCUCGUCCAGUACUGGCACCAGUACCCGUACCCGUUCAGCAACGCCUUCUGCGUGAUGCGCGGCAUGGCCGCCGAGACUGCGCUCAAUUCUUCCAUUAUGACGAUCACGGCGUUCACCGUCGAGCGCUACUUCGCGAUCUGCCAUCCGAUCCGCAACCACAAGAUGUCGAAGCUGUCGCGCGUCAUCAAGAUCAUCGUCGGCAUUUGGAUCAUCGGCGCGCUCAUGAGCCUGCCGAUCAUUCUCAACUUCGGCGUCAUCUACGUGCGCCAUCCGGAGACGGGCGACGUCAUCGCCGAGUCGGCGCAGUGCAACGUCUUUCCGGACAUAUCGCCGCGCAUCUUCGAGGUGUCGACGUUCCUGUUCUUCUUCGCUCCGAUGUGCAUCAUCACCGUGCUCUACCUGCUCAUCGGCUACGAGCUGCGCAAGAUGCACCUCAGCCGCGUGCCGUCCGACAGUUCGACGAACAGCGGCGAGGUGACGGCCCGCCUGCAGGUGUGCGCGCGCCGAGCCGUACUGAAGAUGCUCAGUAAGUACAUAGACAGCUACAUAUAG